UCUCCUUCCUCCAUUCAAUUCCUGCUCCUCUUCCAAAUAAUCAAGAAUCUUCAAGAUUUUAUAGCCAUGGCUACCGCCGCCGCCCUCCUCCUCCUCCUGACGCUAACCUUAACCCACCCCGCCGCCGCCGCAUUGGCGCCGUCACAUCCACCAUCUGCAAAUCCCAAUCCCAAUCCCCAUACCUAUACCAACACCAAACCCACCUUCCUAUCCUCCAUCCUCUCCCGCCUCGGCUUCCACGGCCUCGCCGCCGCCGCCGCCGACGCAAACCUCUCCACCGCCGUGCAAAUCACCAUCUUCGCCCCGACGGACUCCUCCCUCCUCACGUGCCCCACGUGCUCCCGCCCGGUCCUCCUCCAGGAGCACUCCCUCCCGGGGAUCUACCCCCUCCACUUCCUGCGCACGUUAGCCUUCGGCACCAAGAUCGAGUCUUUCGCCCACAACCGCUGCCUCACCGUCACCACCUCCAACGCGCCGGCGGCGGCGGCGGCGAGAAAGGUGUUCAUCAAUGGCAUCCAGAUCACCAAACCAGACCUCUUCAACAAUGGCCGCCUCGUCGUCCACGCCGUCCAGGGAUUCGUCUCCCACCUCUCCCCCCAUUCUUGCAACAUCGAGCUCAUGACCUCCCUCUCCUUCUCCCCCCGGCCGCCGCCCACGGCGGCGUUCUCCGUCCGCCGCCUCAUGCUAAAAGACGCCAUGACGCGCCUCCGCAUCAGCGGCUACAGUAUAGUCGCCUUAGUCAUGCGCGUCAAGUAUUCCGACCUCGCCGAUCUCGACUGCUUGACGCUCUUCGCCGUCGACGACGAGUCCAUCUUCCUCGACGGCGCCGGCGGCCGCGCCUACCUUUCCGAUAUGGGCUUCCAUAUCGUCCCCAACAAGCUUCUCAAGUCCACCGACUUGAUUGCCCUCCGCAAAUUCACACUGCUGCCUACGCUCAACCCCGGCCGGAAUCUGGUCAUCACCACCGCCGGCGCCGGCGGCCCUGUGUCGCCCCUGAGGAUCAAUUAUGUGAAGGUGAAUCGAUUCGAUAUAGUGCACAACAGCAGGAUCAUCGUCCAUGGAAUGUCCAGGCCUUUCCACGACAUUGGACAUGUACUCAAGUGAAGAACAUCCAUCGAUCGAUCUAUAGUAUUUUGAAUCGAAAGUUUUGAUCCAUACUUUAACACUCUGUUCCAAAGAUCUCUUGAUUUUCUUCAUUAGAUUGAUGAGUUUUUGAAGAUCUAUGCUGCUUUUUGUUUCUUAUAAU